GCUCCGCAGUGCGUGGGCACCAUGGCCCGCUGGCUCCGCGAGCACCUGGGCUUCCGCAGCGCCAAGCCCGCUCCCCCCGCGCCGCCCAAGCCCGACUACCGCGCCGGGCCGCCGCCGCAGCCGCCCCCGCCGCCCGGGGGCGCCGCCGAGCCGCUGGCCGCCGCCCAGCCCGACAUCGUGGCGGCCUACCGGCUGCAGAAGGAGCGCGACUUCGAGGACCCCUACAGCGGGGCGCCGCCGCCCGCCGCCCCCGACGGGCCCCGGUACGUCUCGCCCAAGCACCGGCUCAUCAAGGUGGAGGCGGUCGAGAAGGUGCCCGCCAGCCCCCCGCCGCCGCUGCUGACACCCGCCGCCCCCAGCUCGCCCCCGGCCGGCCCCGAGCCGCCCGACGAGCCGCCGCAGGAGCUGGCUGUCCUGGAGGACUACGCAGAUCCCUUCGAUGCAGCGCAGGUGGCUGGUAGCCAGGCAGGGCUGGAGAAGGUGAUGGAGAACGAUGGAUACAUGGAGCCAUAUGAAGCCCAGAAGAUGAUGGCUGAGAUCCGCCAGAAGGGCUUACGGGAGGCUCCUGCCCGGCCGCUGCACCUCUACGACACUCCCUACGAGCCUGUGCUUGGAGGGCUGGACAUGGACGGUGACCGCCUGGCUUGCCCCAGGCCCAGGGAGUCCCGGCUGCCUGAGGACGAUGAGCGGCCGCCGGAGGAGUAUGAUCAGCCCUGGGAGUGGAAGAAGGAGCGGAUCUCCAAAGCCUUUGCAGUUGAAAUCAAGGUCAUUAAAGACCUGCCAUGGCCACCGCCGGUGGGACAGCUCGACAGCGGUGAAAGCCCCCCGGACGGUGAGGCCGGUGCCUCUGUCCCUCUGCAGCAUGGCCAGCCCAGCUACGAAGACGCCAACGGUCCAUCGGAGGGGCUGGGGUACGGCCGCACCUCGCCCUGCAGGGAGGAGAAGGCCAGGGCUGCGCUCAGGCACGGCUCCAGCAGCCUCAAGAGCACGAAGACGCUGAUCGCUGAGCCUGGCCCCUUCGUUGGGGAGAGGAUUGACCCUGCCCUGCCCCUGGAGAGCCAGUGCUGGUCCCUCUCCUGCCUCCAGCUGGUACCACGGGGCCAUCAGCCGGACGGACGCGGAGACGCUGCUGAGGCUGUGCAAGGAGGCCAGCUACUUGGUGCGCAACAGCGAGACCAGCAAGAACGACUUCUCCCUCUCCUUGAAGAGCAGCCAGGGCUUCAUGCACAUGAAACUGUCCCGGACCCAAGAGAACAAGUACGUGCUGGGUCAGCACAGCCCGCCCUUCGACAGCGUGCCAGAGAUCAUUCAUCACUAUGCCAGCCGCAAGCUGCCCAUCAAGGGGGCUGAGCACAUGUCCUUGCUUUACCCGGUGGCUAUCCGUACCCUAUAGUACUCACCCUCCACGAGCCAGGCUCGAGGCCGGGUGCACCCGAAACUGGCCCGUCCGCAGGGCUGAGCGCUGCCGUGCCGAGGAUGGGCUCCGGACCGGCAGCCCACGAGCAGCUCGCUGGGCACGGCCGGCGCUGUUGGGGAUUGCUGCAGCUGGACCCCUCGUCCCGCUCUCUCGGGGGGCUCCCGUGCGCUGGUUUGCCCUCUGGGAUGGCGCCGGGGGGACCCCCUGCGCGAGGAGCUGAGUGGGGCUCACCGGCUGCCCGCUGCCCUCGCCUGCCUCCGGGCAGAGCUCAGGACGCAAGGACUGGAGCUGGGGCCUUGGA